GUCAGGUAUAAUUAGCAAUCGAUAUGGAAAACGCUUCCUGCAAGCCACGUCUCUGACGUCACAACCGAUUAAGGUUUCUUAUUGGUCCCAAAUUCCCCAAGCCUGGGCUAAUUAUUGCCAGCUUGAUGUUGAUAAGGUAAAGCUCAUCUUGGGCUGGAAGCAUGUCACCUCCUCACUGGCCAUUGCUGCUGCAGGCUUGCUAGGGUCCCACAUCCAGCCUUGCAGCUUGUGGCCGCACCACCAUAACCACCUCCACCACCACCAUCCAGGGAGAUGAUGGACAGCAGGAUACUGGACCAUCCUCAUGCCCAGUUUGGAGGCUCAAUGAGUGGGAUGGUGGGAUUUCCUUACCCCCUCAGCCAUCACCAUGUGUAUGAGCUGACCAGCCACCAGCUGCAGUCUGCAGCCGUGCCCUUCUCCAUAGACGGAUUACUCAACGGUUCGUGCACCGCCUCGGUGGUCAACCCCAACCCUCUGCUAGCCUCUGGAUGUGGCAUGAAUGGGGACAGUCAGCAGUACAAGCUGUCAGGUAAGAGCCCAGCAGCAGGCAUGCAUGGGGGGCACGGGGGGCAAGGAGUGAGCGGUAAUAUACAAAGAAAUCAUUCCUGAUUAUUGUUACAAACAAAGCGAUUGAAUGACAUACAGAGACACAGACACACAAAAUGCUACAUAUUACAAACCGCUGGUGUUAUUGUAUCAAAUGUAAUGAGCUUUCAUUUACAGCAAGCCACACACAAAGUCCUUAUAUACUUAACCAACAAUUGGGAAAGGGGAUCAAAUAAUCUAAAAAACGAGGGGCUGGGGAUCUGUGAGGUCCUGUACAGUGUGUGUGUGUGUAUGUGUGUGUGUGUAUAAAUAUAUCUAUCUAUAUAUAUGUGUGUGUGUGUGUCUAUAAAAUUGUAUACCUGUAUAAUGUUUAGCUUUUAAUAAAAAGAACAUAAAAAAUAUCUAUCUAUCCAUCUAUCUAUCUAUCUAUCUAUCUAUCUGUCUAUCUAUCUAUAUAUCUGUCUAUCUGUCUAUCUAUCUAUAUAUAAUGUGUUUUGUUCUUUUUAUUAAAAGCUGCAGAAAAUUGGAUAGUAGUACGAAUUACACAAUAACCGUGUACACUGCAUUUUUAGGUUUUAAAAUUUCACUUGAAAGUCUAGACUGUGAGUACAAUGGUGUGAGGAUGAAAGUGGAUUUAUUAUAUUAUUAAAAGAUAUCAGCAAUACCCUUAUGACAUCAAUAAACAAUUCAUUGUUUAAAAAAACAAAAAAAAUAAGCACACAAAAAAAAAACAAAACAGACAAAUAUUAGUCAUAAAAAAAACCCACAAGGCAGCAUGACGUUUAAUGGAGUGGCUGACAGCUCACACUAUGAUACUCACGUGUACAUCACUGGGAUGCUGUUAUUGUGGUAAACAGGAGUGGAACACAAACUAACACCAGGAAAAUCCCAGGAAAAAAAACUAACGAAAUGGGAAAGUAAUAGGGACGCUUUGCUAGCUACGCGGUGUAAAACUGGGUAGCUGUUUGUUAUAUAUAUAUAGAUAUAUAUAUAUAUAUUUUUUUUAAUUUUAUAUCUGUUUCUUUUUUUUGUGUGCUAAUUUUAGGACAAGUAAAUGAAUUUAAUUUUAAAAUAUACACACAUAUACAUGUGUAUGUUAUAGAAAUAAAUAUACAUCCCUUUUCUUUUCUUUUUUUAACAAAUCAUUAUUAGAAAUGUAGCUAUGUACUAAUGUCCAUGUUAGGUUUUUAGAUUUUUUUAUACAAUUAAAUAUAAAUAUUAAUAUAUACAUAUAUAAAACACAUAUGGUGUAUAGGAGAGGCCGGUCCCCCUGUGUACCUGAGGGUCUCACAAGGUGACCACUUUUUGUUGUGGUGGUGGUGGUGUGAUUGUCUGCAAGGCUUAGCUGCUGUCUGCAGGGCUGUCACCCAGCAAGCCGUGGGAAUAGGGUACAUGGUGGGAUGGAAAAGGCAUCUCUCUGCGGGGGGUACAUUUCUAUUUUCCAAAUUCACUUUCCAAACGUGGGAAGUAUCGUAAAACCACUUUGAUCUGUGGCAGAAACAACAUCACAAAUCUGCAUCCUGUUUCCCUUUACUAUUUUCUUAGUUUUACGUGUCACUUGUUUAUGUGUCAUACAAGUGUAUGUGUAUGUGUGUGUUUGUUUAUUAUAUAUGUGUGUAUAUAUACAUAUACUUAUUGUGUGUGUGUGUGUGUGUGAGUGUGUGUUUAUACUUUUAAGGACAAUAUAUUUAGUUUGUGAGCUCAUGUAGAUUUGUCCCAUUGUAGACUCCAGUGACCCGGAUAAGGAGAGCCCUGGCUGUAAGAGAAGAAGGACAAGGACCAACUUCACCGGGUGGCAGCUCGAGGAGCUGGAGAAAGCCUUCAAUGAAAGUCACUAUCCGGAUGUCUUCAUGAGGGAGGCCUUGGCAUUGAGACUGGAUUUGGUGGAGUCCAGAGUUCAGGUACAUACACUCCUACCUCUCCAGAUCUAUUUAUAUAUUGCAUAAAUUAUAUACUAUUUACCCUGUGCCAGGGAAUAUCCCCCCAUCAUAAAUCAUCUCCAGAAUAUAUUUUAUAUAUUUUAUAUAUUCUAUGCCAGGACAGUCAGCACUUAUCCAGAACUAGAUAGGAUUCCCCGAAUCAAAGUGUGCUUUAAGAACUUUUUAAGUUUACAUUGUAUAUAGUUAUUGAACCAAGUUCUCACCUAUCCCUCCCCAGAGAAAAGUAUACCUCCAGAUCUGUUUUUCUAUACAUUGUAUAUUUUUGGUUCCAGCAAAUCCUCCCCCAUCCAUAACUGGAUAUCCCUACCCAAUUAUGUGUCCAUAUUUUUAAAUAAAAUAUAUUCUGUGCCAGGCAAGUUUUCAUCUCUUCACAACUAUAUACCCCUUCCCCAACUAAGUGUCCAUUCAGAUACAUAUUUUAUAAAAUGUACAUAAUCUGUUCCUUGAAGGUUUCCACCUAUAUAUAACCGAAUAUUCCCUGCUCAAAUAAAAAUAAUUUAGGUAUUUAUUCCAGACAUUGUAUAUAUUCUGUGACAGGAUCCUUCUCACCUAUCCAUAACAAUAUACCCCAUCUCAAAUAAAAGUAGGCAGUAAUGGCGUUUUAAUUAGACAUAGUCUUCUUGCUUUGGCAUCUCCAUUUACAUAUCCAUAUCUCCUUUGUGUAAUGUGCUUCAAAUGAACUAAGCGAUAAUAUCAACAACGUUAUACAGAUGUCUCCUCUUUGAAUUAUUACAUCCAAUCAAUUAUUUAUAGCUACAUGUUUAUGGAAACAAGGGGCACAAAGUAACAAUGCUCAGUCACUGCAGAAAAUAGUCUAAGGGUAUUUUAUUAUUAUACAUUUUUUUUUUUUUUUUAGGGGGAACAUUUAAUUAAUUUUAAACACAUUCAAGAAUUAUACAAAUUUUAUUUUUAUACACAGACACGUAUUUCGUGCUGUUCACAAAUACAUUACCUAGCAACGCAACAAAAUGCUGAAUUUUAAAUCCUAUUUUAAUUAAAUGUAAUAAUAAUAAAAAAAUAUUGAAAAAAAUAAAUAAAAAUAAAUGAAAUAAUUUAAAAAAUCUAAAUUUAAUAAAACAGGAUUCCACCAGCUAAAUGUUAGAUACUAAUACACUUUUUUUUAAUAUAUUAUGUUAAAAAGUGUGACCUCGUAAAAGUUUCCAUUGCCAUAAGCUAUUCCAUAUUUUAAUAUUUACAAUUUCUGCAUUUUAAUAUAAAAAUAUAUAUUUUUUAAAUUGCUGCAUUCAAAUUAAAAUACCCAACCGAAAAAUAAAAAAAUAAAAAAAAUCACACAGUUCACACCUAUUUUUAAUUGUAUUUUAAAUGUAAAUUAAGAAGGAUAAACAGUUCAAUAGUUGACAAUCAGGAGGUGGUCGGUUCUUGGCAAUGAAGUGUUUUGAAGAAAAUUAUUAAAACGUUAGCUUUAAUUGAAGGUUUUUUUUUCUCAAACGCACUUUCUGCCUUUGACGACCUCUUCUGUUUCAAACCCUUUUUAUCCAAUUUGUUCUGAGAUUGUUAAAUGAAGUCAAGACCUCCUUUCUCCCUUAAUUCCAUAAUAAGUAUUUCUCAAUGGCAGCACCGCCUGGAAUUAACACAAAGGGAAAUCACAGGGAGAAAACAGCAGAUUGUUCAAAAUUGUCUUUAUUAGGUGUAAUCACAAUAGGACAGGAUAACUCCCCUCUUUAUAAAGCAAUAAUUAUUUUCAUUAUACAAACAGGAUAUUUUUCAUGCAGAAAAAAAAAGUUUACAUUUGUAAUUUACAUUUUUUUUUUUACAUAUAUGGCUAAAGAGCUGGAUAAAUGUAUUAAAAUAAAAAUAAAUGAAUAAAAAAAAUAUAAAAAUAUAUGUGUACGCUUCUCUUAACAUAUUAUAAUAGCAUCAUUUUUAAAAAAAAAAACAUUAAACAUCUGUUUAUUUUGUUUCUUUGAAAUUCUGUUUGUAUUUUUUAUAUAUAUAUAUUUUAGUGAAAUUUAGAUUCCUGACACAUCUUUCUUUUGUCAAUAUUUGUGUGUUGUAUAUUUGCUUAUUUUUCACACCCCUCCCCGAUUUGCUAAUCUGCUCGUGUCAGUCUCCAAAUUUUCAAUUAAAUUCAGAAAAAGUCUUUUUUUUUUUUUAAUGUGUCUUUAUGUUAAUCUUCAGCCGCUUAAUUGGUACUGCAAACUAAGAGAGUCAUUUCAUUCUGCUCGUUUUAUGAGGUUUUUCAGACCGUAAAAGUCUUAGUCGAGAAAUGUGGCGUUUUCUUUAUUGUGAAAACAUCUUGAAUGUCUGAUUGCAUGUAACAUAUACCAAAUCCUUCAAUAUUUUUUUUUUUAUAUAUAUAUAUAAAUAGACGUGAAACAUAUAUAUAUAUAUAGGUGUAUACAUAAGGAUAUAUUGCAUUUGUUUAUAAUAAAUGUGGCAAUCGCUAGGAAUAUUGGAAUAUGCUUACAAAAAUUAGACACAACAUACGUGAACAUAGAAAAUAUACAAUAAACGUAGUACUAAGCUUUAAUAAAUCUACUUCUCACUUCGUGUACAAUAGGGAAAGCUACCAGGAAAUUAAAUUAGAGAGAGUUCCCCUGCACUCAGCGUGUUGGGACCUCUCUUAAAGUUAACUUUCUAAUCGGAAUCCCGUGACUGACAAAGCAAAAACUGACAUUAACAGUAAAAAAGUAAAAAUAAAAAAUUAAUAAAAAUAAUAAUAAAAAAGUUAAAAGACCCAAAAUAGACCAUCAGUUCUAGAUAUGUGUUCGCUUGCCUUUCUUACAUGGUUUAUUUGAGUCCACUUUCUCCAAGGGAACCUUGUGUGCACCAUGAAUGGGAGCAUCAAUUAACACCACUGGGGAGUGAUAACAUUUGCCUUAUGAUUUUAUUUAAAAAUAUAUAUAUAUUUAUAGAUAAAAAAAUUUAAGAAAGAUAUUCCAGAGGAGUUGAAACUUCCUGUUUUAAACCUUGGUGUGCCAGUUUUUUUUUGUUUGAUAUUUUUGUUUUUUUGAGGGAGGUUUUUAAUGAUGUGUUACCCCUCCUUCCCUUCUCGGGGACACCAAGGGUUAAAUAAAAGUAGGAACAAAAAAAAAAGUUACAUUGUCUUCUUCUCGGCCAGUGCUGUAUGUUAAUUGAUUUUCAUUAUUCGGUGUAGGUUUGGUUCCAAAAUCGCAGAGCAAAAUGGAGAAAAAAGGAAAAUACCAAGAAAGGUCCAGGCAGACCAGCUCAUAACUCCCACCCUACCACCUGCAGUGGAGAGCCCAUGGACCCCGAGGAGAUAGCCAGGAAAGAGUUAGAGAAAAUGGAAAAGAAGAAACGAAAGCAGGAAAAAAAGAUGCUGAGGAACCAGUCUCGGGGCCAGCAUUCUCCCAGCAUGUCACUUCACACACCCAGCUCUGACAGUGACAGUGGCCUCUCCCAGACUCAGGACUCUAUGGAGCCAAGCCACUCAGAAAUGGGACAAAACAGAGACCUAACACAAUCACGCUGUGACCAAACAGGGCAAACCUUUUUCCAAAGCCAAAGAAGCCCAGGACACAGGGACAGGGUUAGUGACAAGGACUCAAACACAGAGUCCAACCACAACUCAGGCUUGUGCCCAAAUGCAAGGGGACCUGGCUUCCAGAAACUCAAUCCCUUCAGUGUGGAAAGUCUACUGUCUGACUCACCACCAAAGAGGAAGGCAGGGCUGGAAUUCCCUGGUUUAUCCAGUCCAAGGACCUUGAUUGGAAAAGGACACUUUCUACUUUACCCCAUUACUCAACCUCUUGGAUUCAUAGUACCACAGACUGCUCUGAAGUCCAACUCUGGCCAGGACCUCUCCUGUCUGGGCCAGAGGGACUCCCUUCACAGUAACUCGGGUCAACCGAGUCAAAGUACCUCCCCAAACAAUUUAACCAAGAACUUUUCAUCAAAAAACACAAACUCUUCUUCCCAGACCACACUGACUGUAUGCAAGACUGAAGGUGGAUGUCAUCAAGGGGACAGCACCAGUCAUGCACAGUCUGGUCCAGGAGACACAGGGAAUGGGCAGAUGGACAAUGCAUAUUCUGAACCAAAGUCUCCCUUGUCCCCAGCAAGUGACAACAAAACCAGAGACACCCCAGACUGUUCAGAGGAAACAACCUGUACCCCAAAACCUAGCAUAGACUGUGAAAACAUAGAUAUGGACUAAACCACCCCAAACAAACCUUCCCCUUCAGAAUCUUACAGACUUCAGACAUUCCCAGUGCUGACCCAGAAGACUUGUCUCACCUCAUAAUUACUUUUUACCUUCAGCCUGUAGAAAAAAAAACAACUAACGAAUCUAACUUAUAAUAAUAUUAAUCAGGUGCAAUUAUUUUAGUAAGAGCAGCAGUGAACAAGAUUUAAUUAGCAAUUUCAACUGAAUAGGAGAGAACUGUACUACUAUAUAAUAAUAAUAAAAUAAAAUAAAAAACAGAAAAAGAGAGACAAACAAAAAGCAACGAAAAUCCUCAUUCUUGUAAAAUGC